AUGGAGACAGACAUAAGAAAGGCGUCCUCAAAGACAUCGGUACCCAAAGAGAAGCGGCCCACGGACAAGGAAAAGUCAAAGGACAAAUCAAAGAGCAAGGGCAAGGACGAGUCCAAGGUGCACAAGCUGUCGCUCAAGGGCAGCUCAAGGCUAGUAGCUGAAUUUUUCCAAUACUCGAUACAUACGAUCCUAUUCCAACGAGGCGUCUACCCAGCCGAAGACUUUACAGCCGUCAAGAAAUAUGGCCUCAAUAUGCUAGUCUCGGCCGACGACCAAGUCAAAGCCUACAUCAAGAAAAUCAUGAGCCAGCUCGACAAAUGGAUGGUUGGCGGCAAAAUCUCCAAGCUCGUCAUCGUCAUCACUGACAAGGACACCGGCGAGCACGUUGAGCGAUGGCAAUUCGACGUCCAAAUCUCAGCGCCAACCAAAUCAAAAUCCAAACCAUCCACAACAGACCCCUCCCACGAACAAGACCAACAAGAAAACUCCUCCUCCGCCAACACCCCCUUCGCCGACAAAGAAAAGCCCGAAUCCGAAAUCCAGGCCGAAAUCGCCGCCAUCUUCCGUCAAAUCACCGCCUCCGUCACAUUCCUCCCCCAACUCAGUGGCGACUGCACAUUCAACGUCCUCGUCUACGCCGACGCCGACAGCGAUGUCCCCGUCGAGUGGGGAGACUCCGACGCCAAGGAGAUUGAGAACGGCGAGAGGGUGCAGCUGAGGGGCUUCAGCACGGCGAACCACCGUGUCGAUACGAUUGUCAGCUACAGACUAGGGGAGUAA